AUGGCUCGCCUCUGUCUCCCUGGGUUGCCCGUUUACAAGUCGCCUCUAGUCCCCCGGUUUAAGACGCAACCACCCUUCCAGUCCUUUCCGAUUCCCCCUGUCGCCCGGUUCGUCUUUCGCCGGAACUACGAGGUUCCUUCCCACUCCUUUGCUCCUUCGCCCGUCUCGAUCCCCCGAGCGGGUGUCCGUUCCUUCAAGCCAGCUUCUGGCGUCCGCUCCUUUGCCCAGAUGCGAAUUGGUUCGCGUCUGCCUGUUCCAGUAAGGAAAUCCACUCCUUCAACUGUACCACCUGCCCCAGCUCCCACUGGGGCAGGGCGCUCGCUAAACCCCUCCGUUUCUCGUCUCGAGGAACGAAGAGCAGCUCGACAGGCCCGAUCUCGACCCUGGGUGUCGCCCAAGUCGCAGAGUCAAACCGAGUCCCGCGAGGGACACCUGUCGAUGUCUCGCCCUUCGCCUUCGAAUCCUCCCCGUCGCUCGCUUCGCCCUGCCCUGCACCGGCCCGUCGCUGUUUCGUCACAAGCUCAAAGGGCGAUCGGACUGAUCGAUGCGGUUCUUGCUAAGCCUGCUCCGGCUUCGGCUGGGGUAGGGGGACGCAAGGCCAAGUCUGUGAAGUCUGUUCGUUUCGGAGAGACCACCGUCGUUACCGUUUCCCGUUGGAUCGAUCGUCGAGAGAACGUUUUCCCUGCGCCGCUCGCUGCCAUGGGCCACCUUCAAGGAUGGAAGGUCACGCCACUAUCGAAGCCCGAUGAGGAUGGGGAGACAGAGAAGUAUACCACGUAUUGGGGGUCCGACUCCUAUAUCAUGCUAACUUCUAGUCACUCCGCCUCGGAGUCGUGCGGACGGUACGGCUGCGCGUGGAACCGACUGGCUCGCAUCGCGGGCCUGAAGCCCACGUGGGGUCCGGCUACCGUCUUCAUGGCUUGGAAUCGGCUUCGAGAGCAAAUCCGUCAACGUGGGGGAUACCGGCUUUCGGGCUGGCGUAUAUCCUGCUGUGGUAUUGGUGGCGCAUGA